AUGGUCUCUCGGUCAUCCGAAGCGAGUGAGGGGCCACCUCCACCGUCCAAAACACCAGGCACUCCGGCCAGAUCACGACUGACGAGAUUGGGGUCCAGCCCGACCAAACGAGAAGAUAAAGGGAAAGACGGCAGGAUGAUCAAGUCAUCGGCCAAAGAUGUUGCGGAGCUCAAGGAUUUCCAACUGGGCGACUGCUUGGGCAAGGGCGCAUUUGGUUCAGUCUAUAGAGCCCUCAACUGGAAUACAGGAGAGACUGUUGCUGUCAAGCAAAUCAAGUUGGCCGACUUACCGAAGAGCGAAUUGCGGGUGAUCAUGUUAGAAAUAGAUCUCUUGAAAAAUUUGGAUCAUCCCAACAUUGUGAAAUACCAAGGGUUUGUUAAAUCUGCAGAGACCCUAAACAUCAUACUUGAAUACUGUGAAAAUGGCUCUUUGCACUCCAUUGCGAAGAAUUUUGGUCGUUUCCCCGAGAACUUGGUUGGCCUAUACAUGUCGCAGGUUCUCCACGGCCUUUUGUACCUGCACGAGCAGGGUGUUAUCCAUAGAGAUAUCAAAGGUGCCAAUAUCCUUACUACAAAAGAGGGACUUGUCAAGCUUGCAGACUUUGGCGUAGCCAGUCGGACCACGGGACUCAGUGAAUCCAGCGUUGUUGGCACACCAUACUGGAUGGCCCCCGAAGUGAUUGAGCUCUCCGGUGCAACCACUUCGUCAGAUAUCUGGAGCCUUGGCUGUACUGUCAUUGAACUUUUGGAAGGAAAGCCACCGUACUAUAAUCUCCAGCCCAUGCCAGCCUUAUUCCGCAUUGUCAAUGAUGAUCAUCCACCUCUGCCACAAGGAGCCUCUCCGGCUGUCAAGGAUUUCUUGAUGCAGUGCUUUCAGAAAGAUCCAAAUCUUCGUGUCUCGGCCAGGAAGCUUCUUAAGCAUCCUUGGAUUGUCAAUGCGCGCAGAACAGACUCAGUGGUACCCAAGAAAUCUACCGAAUAUGAGGAAGCUGUCAAGAGCGUGCAAGAAUGGAACGAAGCUCUUCGUUCUCCUGAGACAGGGACGUUGCGUAAGCCUUUCAGGUUCGAGACUCAAAGUUCUUCAUCGUUCCGCCCAGAUCUGGGCCCGUCUCGAUAUACACCAACCAAAGACACACUCCCGAGUCCGGUGUCAAAGCAUGUCAACCGCUAUCGGUCUCCCGAUUCUACGGAGGAGGAUAACUGGGAUGACGACUUUGCGACAGCAAUUUCCCCAAGCGCUUUACAGCUGCCUCAUCUCCGACCGCAAGACAAUUUUGGUGGCAUGUUGUCGUCUGAAAAGCUGAAAGCCUUCGCGUCGCUUGAUGGAACAGUGGUCAAGUCGGACGAUGUGUUUUCGGAUUUUGAUGAUUCAUCGCUGAGCCAAUUCGGUGAAGCAGAUCCUUUACAGACUAUUCGGCCUUUCCCUCUAAAGCAAACCGGGGUGGAGAACACAACCAAUCAACCCAAGACUACCAUAGCUGCCAUUCAUAACAAUGUGCCUAUUCUCAAAACCCCGGUGCCACCCCUGAAACCACAACGGCCGACAUCCUUCUUCAAGGAGAACUCUGUUGAGGAUUAUUCUGAUCUCAUCAAAGGUAACGAGGAUGUCUUGGAUCACAAACUUAGCGCGUUUCAGGAAACCGACGAAGAAAGCGAUACUCCAGUCUCGCCAUCGAAGGAAUUAGUGCGAUACCAAGGAUCGCCGGAGCAUGAAGAGGACCAUGAACCACAGCUAAGGAAACGGAUAUCCGUCAAACGUAACCGCUCCGACAUAGAGAUACAACGCUAUGCAGAGAACGAACACGAUGAAGAUUUCUCUGAUAUAUUGGGUGCAGAUGAGGUUGCUCUCGACAAGCCAGAGAGCGAUAACAGCUCAAACCAAAGCACCUUGAGACUCAAUUCCAAGCUGUCUAACAAUUCGUGGCUUGGAGAUCAGGAUGAUGAAGAUGAUCCUUUUGCACAGCUUGAAGAAGGACUCGAUGAAACGGACUUGGAGGCUAACAUCGCGCGUGACAAGUAUGCACGUCUCAGGAGCCAAGUUGAAGGGCUCGUGAGCUCCCUGAAAACAUCACAGGACGAGGACGUACUGGGCGAGAUUUCUGAACAGUUGUUGACUGUCUUUUGUGACCUACCCGAAACGAAGAGCAUCAUCAUUAGUGCUCAUGGAAUGCUGCCGAUUCUGGAGAUUCUGGACAUAUGCCGCCGGCGUGACAUUAUCUUAUGUCUGUUGCGCAUUGUCAACGCCAUAAUCUUCAAUGACUAUGAGAUUCAGGAAAACCUUUGCUUCGUGGGCGGUAUACCUAUCAUCAAUGAGUUUGCUGCCAAGAAAUACCCGAGAGAGAUUCGUCUCGAAGCGGCAGCUUUUGUGCAACAGAUGUACCAAACCUCAACCCUUACACUGCAAAUGUUUGUCAGUGCUGGUGGGCUAAAUGUCCUAGUCGAGUUCUUGGAAGAUGAUUAUGAGGAUGAGCGCGACUUGGUUCUCAUUGGAGUCAACGGAAUCUGGAGUGUCUUCGAACUGCAGCAGGGCUCAACUCCCAAGAACGAUUUCUGUAGGAUCUUGUCGCGUAAUUCUGUCUUGGAUCCUUUGUCACUGGUUCUCAGUCGUGUGCUCGAUGAGGAAGGCAAAUUGGCCGAGAUUGUCGAGGGUCGAAUUGCAAACAUAUUUUUCAUUUUCUCGCAGGCCGAGAACCAUGUAAAGGAGAUGGUUGCAGAGCGGACAGUGCUGCAUAGAGUUCUUAAAGAGUUAAGACGAAUGACUCCCGCCCACCAGAUCACAAUGCUAAAGUUUAUCAAAAACUUGUCAAUGCUAUCGACAACGCUCGAUGCGCUUCAGAACUCGAACGCAAUAGAUGUUCUCACAGACCUGUUGAGGUCCACCAUCAAACGCCAACACUUCCGGGAAGUCUCCAAUCAAAUCCUCAACACCAUUUACAAUAUGUGUCGCCUGAACAAGUCCCGACAAGAAGAUGCAGCGUUGAAUGGUAUUGUACCUCUUCUUCAGAAGAUCGUGAAGACCGAACGGCCCUUGAAAGAAUUCGCUUUACCUAUUCUUUGUGACAUGGCGCAUUCUGGAAAGGUCGGUCGCCGUGAGCUGUGGCGUAACAAGGGUCUCGCAUUCUACAUAUCUCUACUGUCAGAUCCUUACUGGCAAGUUACGGCUCUGGAUGCGAUUUUUAAUUGGCUCCAAGAAGAAACCGCCAAGGUCGAGGAACACCUCCUUGAUAACCGUUAUGAACAGGUCUCCUUUACGGAUUCUAUUGUCAGGUGCUUAACUGUCUCCAAGGCAAACGCAUUCGAGAAUCUCCUAGAGCCUCUGCAGAAACUCCUUAGACUAAGCCCGCCGAUAGCGUCGACUUUCGCGAGACCCGAUAUAUUCACCAAGAUUGGACAGAAGCUACACCACAACAAAGCUGCAGUACGGCUAAACCUACUGCGCAUUAUAUCAAGUAUCUGCGACUCCAGCGAAGAACAGGGUGGCCUUCUUGCCAGAUAUGGUCUCCUGGAUGCGAUCCGAGAACUUGAGCAUGAUCCAGCCAUUUUGGUCAGAGACAUGGCCGGCAAGCUGAUACAGUCAAAUGAGAAGAAUGAACCGUAUCACAUAGAAAAGCGCAAGCCAGGUGUGAGACGGCGGAGUAAUUCAACCACGCCACCGAGCCUUCUUGCCAAUCAAUCCGCUCCGGCCACACCACAAAUGAACCGAUUCAGUCAGUCGAAGGCUUACUUUGACGGGCGGGAAAGUCAGCGUCACCCGCGGAAUGCUCUCGGCAGCUCAGCGUUGGCUCUGCGACCUGGAAGCCGAGACGGGCCAGGUACCAGCCUUUCAGCGGGGGUCAAUCCCGCCCCUGGAGCUUCCAGAAACAGGCUGUCACGAGGCCUCGGUAACCGACUAUCCCAAGUCGACUUCUUAGGGGAAGAGGAUCCCAGACCUGCAAGCUCACUUUCGCGUCGCCGCUCGAUUCUUCCGCAACGCCGACGUCCGACCCAUACUGACGCGGAUUGGGCGUCCAAAGGGCCUUGA